AUGGCUACUCCAGUCACAGCUCCGUUCGGCCAAUGGAAGAGCCCAAUCAGCUCUGCAUUGCUUGGCGCUAGCGGUGUUCAGUUUGAAUCCAUCGCGACAUCUAACGGAAAGGUUUUUGUCAUCGAGGGUCGACCCGGAGAGCAGGGACGAGGCUGCGUCGUUGAAUACUCUGGCCUUGAAGGACGCGAUAUCUUACCGGCCAAAUAUGACGCUCGCACCAAAGUUCAUGAAUAUGGCGGCGCAUCGAUGAUCGCCUUCAACGGACAGGUCGUCUUUUCUGAUCGGGAGACACAGGAUUUGCACAAACUCGAUCCCUCCACCGGUCUUGUUGAACAGCUUACCACGACAGGCACUGAUCUCCGCUAUGCAUGCACCUCUGCUAUAGGCUCUUUGUCAGAUAGUCAGGCGGACUCGGGAUGGCUCUUGGCGAUCGAAGAGGACCACUCCAAGCCCUUGCCGGCGGAAGUUCGGAACCGACUCGUCGCGGUACACGUGCAGUCCAAAAAGAUAGUCAAUGUCGCCUCCGGCGACGACUUCUACAGUGCUGCUCAGUUUUCCCCCGAUGGCAGCAAGAUAUGCUGGACCCAGUGGUCUCAUCCAGAUAUGCCUUGGACAGGAGCUCGCCUGUAUGUUGCUAAGUGGAACAAUGGUGAGGUCACAGACGUUCACCAUGUGCAUGGUGUGCCUAAGAAAGAAAGUGUCAGCCAGCCACGAUGGGGCCUUGAUAACACGUUGUACUUCACGAGCGAUGUUUCGGGGUAUUGGCAGUUCUAUCGGUUCAACUUUGACACUCUGGAAAGCCAGCGUGUGGCCCUGCAUGGCCUGGAAGAGGUAGAAUUUUCGCAGCCAGACUGGCGUCUAGGAAACUGCACAUACGUGUGUUUGACUCCAACUCUAAUGAUCGCGUCGUACAACAAGAAUGCUCGAUGGAGCUUCAUUCUGAUAGAUCUGUCGAAUGAUACCUGGCAAGACCUGAAUGUGCCAGUGACGGACACGGUUAUUUUGGCAGAUAACCCCCUCUCAGACACAAAAAUCGCCCUUCUUGGUUCCAGUGAAACAAGCUUCAGCACUGUCUUCACAUUGGACAUCGCCGAUACCGUCAAGCUCACUCCACUCAGGGUAGCUUCCGAGCUCCCCAUGCCAAGUUCUCUUGUUUCCAAGCCAGAGCAUCUAUCUUUUCCAAGAGUCCACGGUAAGAGCUUGGAAGGAGUGGCACAUGCCAUCUUCUACCCACCUCAGAACCCAGAUUAUCAAGCACCUUCUGGAGCGCUGCCGCCUUUGAUCGUCUGCGUCCAUGGCGGACCAACAUCGCAAACCGGAACUGGCCUAAAUAUCACGGACCAAUACUGGACUUCCCGAGGCUAUGCUGUUGUCUGGGUAAAUUACGGAGGUAGCUCCGGAUAUGGCAGAGCAUACCGGGAUAUCCUGAAUGGACAAUGGGGAAUCCUCGACACAGCAGAUGCUGCUAGUUGUGUGUCAUACCUGGCAUCGUCUGGCCGAAUUGACCCCAACGGAGUCGGUGUUCGCGGCCAAAGUGCGGGCGGAUACAUCGUACUCCAAGCUCUUUGUGACUACCCUAACCUGUUUGCCGGUGGCAAUUCUCUGUACGGAAUCGGCAAUGUCAAGGCGCUCUGUGAGGAUACUCACAAGUUCGAGAGCCAUUACGCAUUCGCCCUGUUGUUCGAUCCUGAUGCGGAUGAAGCCGAGAAAAACCGCAUUUUCCGCGAACGCAGUCCCUGUUACAAAGCGGAUAAGAUUACUGCGCCACUGUUAUUGCUUCAAGGAGACCAGGAUACGGUCGUUCCUAUGAACCAAGCAGAGGAAAUGGUCGAAAUGAUGAAAAAGGCUGGUCGUCAUCCUAAGUUGGUGAUUUUCCAUGGAGAGGGACAUGGAUUUCGGCAGGCAAAGAGUCGGAUAGCGGCCGUGGAAGAGGAGGAGAAGUGGUGGCAGAAAGGUUUGUUGAAGAUGGAUGAAGCGGAACUUUGA